CAACUUCAUGCUGCAACAGUGAAUAUCGAAAAGGCAACACCCGAGCAGAACAAAACCUCGCGCUGUCUGUGUACCACCGCAGCAGCUAACCAGAUAAAGAAGUCGUAUUAAACAGCACAAUGUAAGGUUUUAGUGUUAGCCUAUAACACGUCAUGAUCGCCUGUGUAGCAGCCGACGUUGUCUGCAAUUCGGUGCAAGAUGAGCAGUAAAAGAGAGAGGGAGCAGAGGAGGAAACUGCAGCACUUUCUAAGUGACCUGGCUUUACUUGGGUCAUUACAGGGAUUUAAAUACUUCCAGCCUUGGCUCAGAGGGAAAGAAGAGUUGCUGCUGACAGUUGUUAAUGAGGAUCUGGGUUGGCGUUCCCCAGGUUUUGUGGUGUCCAGAGCCUCCUCCUAUGCCUCCACCAGCAGCUGUAACAGCAGUGAUGUCUCCCCCAGCAGCAGCUCCCCCAGCCUGGACAGCCGGAGCAGCUCUCCCCUGCCUGGGGAGCCCCCGGGCCCACGAGACCCCCAGUCACAGCACACACACACCAAGCCGCAGCAGCCACAGACUGCCAGUGUCCUCAGGGACCCCAGCAGUGAGGAGCACCUUCUCCCAGCCUCUCCCAGUGAAAGAGAGAUAGCAGUGCCUGAGGUGAAUUGCACUCUGUUUUUACUGGCCGGCUACGUCAAGUACGGACGCCCCUACGCCUGGAUACGCUCCAAUCACGAGCGCCUGGUCAACAUUGGAGGCACAGAUUCGAUGGUCAAGGACACGCCCAUGAAACUCAAGUCCAUCGCAGACUGGCAGACACGAGGUAUUCAUGUGUGGGACGUCGUCAGUGAGCUGGUGUGCCUGUGCACCGUUCCCUCUCCUUCCAACCCUUUCGCCCUGGACAUGCGUUACAUCAAAAGUCUUCCCCUGCCUGACCUCUUCCUCGUCACAGGCGCUCUCCUCAACUUCCUGGAGAUGUACGUGGUUUACGGAAACCGGGACGAGUUGCACUAUGACAAAGUGGUAGAGGAGGUGAGGCCUCUGAGGCGUCUCCAUGUCCAUUCCCUGCUGGAGUUGCAGCGACACAGAGAGAGCUCCAGAUUGGCCAGCAGUCCCACGGCGCAGGACUCUUCUGGAGAAGAGUGACUAUGAUUGUUCGUAUAUGAUCCACAUGAAAAUGAGAUAUCCUCUGUGCACUUUUACUGACUUCUUGUAGAAAAAGAAAUAGAGACAGCAAAUAGGUUCAAAUGUGAUAAAUCUCAUCUGACAUACUGUAUUUAGGUUAUUCGUUUUAUUUUAAUGAUUUUUUCUGUGUUGUGGUGUUUAGAAGUUUUGUAAGAACACAUUUGCAAAGUGUACCCGUGUGUAAAACUCGACUCAUGAUGAGUGUUUAUGUAACCUGUACGCAUGAAAUGUCUGAAGAGAGCGCUUGUCACAGCACUCGUAUUGUGUACACAUUGUACAAACGUAUUUGUUUCAAGGCUACACUGUCCAGCUAGAACUGUAUCUACAUCUUCAGUUGGAAGGUAGUCACAUGUACCACAAGUGAGUUGAGUGAGUUUUUGAAAACACUGGAGAAAUAACCCUGGGAAAUAAAUCGCGUGACUGAGAUUAAACAUCCCAGGACCUUUCUGAAUGUCUUGCCCUGCCACCCCCCAAACCGUUCAAUCCCGCUCUCUCACUCACACACACACACACACACACACACACAGGAAUUCUGUUUUUCUUCAGGCCAAAUAUAACAUUUUAAAUGUUUAGUUUUCAAGCCUGGAAACAGGAUCAUUUAACAGGGUCAAAAGCUGCAGAAGUUAAAGCUGGUUAAAUAUUUGUCCUCUUCAAAGUUACAGCAGUGUGAGAACAUGUAUAGACACAAACAAAUGUUGUAUAAAAAGUUUUAAUAUUUCAUAAAAUACAUAUUUAAUUGAAUAUGUACAAUGACAAAACAGUACAUUGAUAAAAUAUGCCUUAAAGCAAGCACUUUAGCCCCUUUUCUGAGAUUGGGGCUGUGCCGUUUGUAACUGAAGAUACAUCACGAGUACAAAAUGUUAAAAUUAACUGAUAAAAAACCUGCCAGUCAAAAAAUACCUUUCCUGUUAAAAAAAAAAAAAAGGCAACAUUUCUAGCUUAGUUUUGGUCAGAAAACAAAAUGACAAGUGAGUGGUAGCCUCAGGGUGUACCACUAAUCCUCAAGUCUCUCAUUUGUAAACGUUAAGACAGAAAUCAUGAGAGCAUGUUAUGCAAUACUGCACAUAUCAGCGCGUAUAACCGUCACUGUAACUGAAAUAGUUAGGGCACCUUUUAUGGCUUUGGUAAGUCGAGGGCUCAGAGUUAAAAGCACGUUGUAGCAUCUACUGACGAGGCUGCUCAGUAUGCAAAGUCAUGGUUGGACAUGGAGACGAAUUUGGGGCUUUUAAAGAAGAUUCUCCAUCUCAAAUUUCCCCAACUGGAAUGCAGGUGCAUGGCCACACAUUCCACAAAGAGGCUCCACACGUGAACACAGCGUUCCCAGUGUUCGGACACAAACACGCCCUGCAAGUCACGGCAGAGUGUGUUUUUCCACAUAAAUGCAAAUAAUUAAUCGCAGUGGACAGUUGGGAUCUGUUUUUGUUUUGCAGGAUGCUGCGUGAAGGGAGGAUUUUGUUUACCCUGCAGGUUUUGCAAGGGUUUAUCCCCCCCUCCCCUCCCAUAUCAUUGUUGGUCAGGUCUGAUUUCUUGACUAGGAAUUAAACUGAUGUGUUUGCAUGUCAAAUUUUACAGUUGGAAAUUUAGAAAGUGCUCAGAAAUGACAUACUGCAAAUAACUGCAUUCAUGUGCAUUAGAGACUAUAAAUCAGUUUUACUUUGUUUGUAUAACAUGCCUGCAUUUUUCCUCUGUAAUCUUGCCCAAAACUCUCACAGCGUAUAUUAAAAGUGUGGUUUUGUCCAUCCACUUCAUAAAUAAAGAAGAGAAACAUGCUUGCUAGUGCCACAGGGUUAAAAAUAAAAUAAAUUCAUCAUGA